UUGUGGAGCUGCUAAAUGUGUCACAAGGGCAAAAAGAAUUCACCUGACGUUCUUGGACCUUCCCAGAUGGAUAAGACUAGCUUCUAAUAUUUCUUUCUAGAGAGUGGGAAAAAGGGAGAGAACUCUUUGGUUCAGGAAUUGCUAAAAGAAAAGAAAAAAAUGUGAGCUAAAGGAGGAACAAACGAAGAGAUUUGGAAAAAGAGCAGGAUUUAUCCUGCAGGUGAAAAAAAACUCAUAACUAUACAUCAAUUGCAUGUAACAAAUCCAGGUGAAGGAUCCAAAGCGAAAGGGAGUAAACUUUUUUGGGGGGGAAAUAAAAAAUAAAGAGGCAAAGGGCCAAAUGGGAGCAAAGGGGCCGCCAGGAAAAAGAAGCACUGAAAGGCCUGGUCCCAAGAAAGGGGAGGGUCUAAAGGACACACUGCACUGAAGGUGUCUCUCUCUUCUCAGUUCAGUCUUGCAAAAGAUUCUGAGUGGGAAGCAUCUACCAUGGAUCAUCUUUGGUAUUGUUCAAAUUGUUCCUUGGGCAAUGCCACCCUGGACAACCAGACUUCACAAGCCAACCAAACUUCAGUCAUAAAACGGAACGAGGACAUUGCCAAGGUAGAGGUGGCGGUGCUGUGCCUCAUCUUUUUCCUUGCCCUGACAGGAAACUUAUGUGUGCUGCUGGCGAUCUACACAACGCGCCACAAACAUUCCCGCAUGUACUUCUUUAUGAAGCACCUGAGCAUUGCUGACCUAGUUGUGGCCCUCUUCCAGGUCUUGCCUCAGCUGAUUUGGGACAUCACCUUCAGGUUCAAAGGGCCAGAUUAUCUCUGCAGGUUGAUCAAAUAUCUGCAAGUGGUGGGGAUGUUUGCUUCCACCUACAUGCUGUUGCUGAUGUCGCUGGAUCGGUGUUUGGCCAUCUGUCAGCCCUUGAGGUCUUUACAUCGGAGGUCUGACCGGUUGUCUGUGCUCCUCACAUGGGUGGUAUGCCUCCUCUUCAGCAUCCCGCAGCUCCAGAUAUUUUCUAUGAAGAGCGUGGCCCAUGGGGGGAUGGAUUGCUGGGCGACAUUCAUUCAGCCGUGGGGUCCUAGAGCCUAUGUCACCUGGAUGACCUUGACUGUCUACAUCAUCCCAGUGAUUGUGCUAAGUAUCUGCUAUGGCUUGAUCAGCUUCAAAAUUUGGCAAAAUGUGAAGCUAAAAACCGUCCAUGAAACAAGUGUGAGCCUAACCUCUAGCAAUUCUCACGGAGGCACACUCUCCAGGGUGAGCAGCAUCAAACUCAUUUCCAAAGCCAAGAUACGGACAGUCAAAAUGACCUUUAUUAUUGUCUUAGCCUUCAUCAUGUGCUGGACUCCUUAUUUUAUUGUACAGAUGUGGCUUGCAUGGGAUGAAAAUGCUCCAAAAGAAGAUUGGACGUUCAUAAUCACCACACUGCUAGCAAGUCUGAACAGCUGUUGUAACCCCUGGAUCUACAUGCUUUUCACAGGCCAUCUUUUCCACGACCUUUUGCACCGGUUCCUUUGUUGUUCUUCACGAUACUUAAAAGCUCGGCAAGGAUGUGACCUGAGCGUCAGCAAGAAAAGCAAUUCAUCCACUUUUGUUCUGAGUCUCAAAAGCUCCAGUCAAAGGAGUUUUACCCAGCCAUCCACAGCAUGAGCUAAAGAGAUCCAGCUUUUCUAUAGACUAUACUAAAAUGUUUGGCUACAAAUGGCUUUGGGGUCUAUCUACUUAAGAAAAUGGGGCAAAGUGAUAUGGGUGCAUGUAAGUCUGGGCAUAAAUAUACUGUAUGUGUAAAAAUGAGUAUAUGUGUAUGUGUAGGGUAUUUGUUUAUUGAUAUGUAAGGUAAUACAAAGCUGGCUAUUGUCUGAUUCAGGAUAAAUAAUUUGACCCUUCAAGAACUUGUAAGUUCUAUUCCUGUCUGGCCCAGGCAGACAAAUUUGUAAUAUUUGAAGAACACUAUAUUUUCUAUAUUUGAGCCAAAUAAUAGUUCCCAUGCAAAACAUAUAAGGUUUGACCACAAUGCCGAUGGAUUCCACCUACAAAUUGAGCAACAGAUUACACUUACAAAUAACAGGAAUAAGAAGAAAAUAUUGUCUGCUAUUGUAAAGGCAAUAGAGUAUAAGUCAAAUGAAUAUGGUGGAGUCUUCUAAGUCAAACAACACAUGGAGUAGAAAGAAUUUGUUACUUCUUAGACUGAUCUUUCAAUCCAGGACAAGCAAUUCAAGUCUUUAAACACCCCAUCAUUACCUGAACUUGCAGUUAUGUGAUGACUGCUCAUGGAGAAACAUUGGGGGAGCCCAACAUGAUACCGGAAACUACAUUUGAGGAGGAAACAAUAACUCCUGAAAUGGAAGUUGACUUUUAUAGAUAUUCCAUGGUUUUUUUCUAGUGGCAUCAUUCAUUUUUUUUCAGCAACACUCCACUGUAAAAUGUCAGCCCUUCACGACUGUCAGCAUAACACUGUGUAUCGCUUAUUAACUGUUGACAAAUCUAACACGGCAAAGUUUAUAGAGAAUGCAGACAGUGCUUUGUAAGAAGAAUACCAGCUAACCCAUCAUUACCAGAUGCCUCUUGCAAAAUCUAACCAGAAGGGGGAUGUUGGAAGGCAGUUUUAAGGCACACUUUUAACUUGCAGUAGACAACAAUGACACCCAUCACUGCCCUUGUCAAUAACUGAUACAUUCUAUAGCAUGACCCAAAAUCCCUUCCACUUUCAGAAAACAUUGAGGUUUUUUUAAUGUGAUAAGCAAUAUUCCUGCAAGAGA